CCAAUUAAAUAGGCAUACGGUAAAUUAUCUCAGAAGUACUUAAGAUAAUUGUAUUGUCUUCAGAAAAUAAAAAAAUCUGCCGUUUGCUGAAAUAAAGAUAAACUAUCGGCCUUAAUUUCUUUUUAAACGAUUUACGUGAAACCUUCAAAACUGGCAACCCAGGGCUCGCCUGACAAGCUACUGCUGCUCAUUGUGGGCUACAGCUUCAAACACCAGACUCCCUGCAUGAAGUGAGACUCAGCUCCUACCAGCAGGGGGCAGAAGGGAUCAGGCGUCUCUCCACUGUGACCUUGCCCUGUAGCAUACCCUGCAGUGAGAGGAACCUGAGCUGAAAACAAAGCAGCAGCUGCACAAGAGGAGUGGAACAGAAAUCAGCUUAUUCUAGUAGAGAAGUGUGUCCAAUGGGUGGAGGGGCCACCAGGCUGUACAGCCACCUGACUCCAACACUCAGCAGCAGGUCACCUCUCCCGCACCAGCCGGUGGAGGACAAACUGGAUCCAGUGUUCUGCCAGGAGCAGAAGGGCUCCCCUUUAUGCCCCCCCGAUCCAGCAGAGCUGCUUCAAAAAUGUGAGGAGGCCCUCAGAGACAGACCACCUCGCUUCCAUAGAAAGUUCACCGAGCUCAGUGAUGGGGACUGCUCCACCAGUAGCCCCAUUAGGGUGAUGCAGUGGAACAUACUAGCCCAAGCUCUCGGCGAGGGACUCGACAGUUUUGUCCAAUGUCCCAUGGAGGCCAUCAGCUGGUCCCGCAGGAAGUACCUCAUAUUAGAGGAGAUCCUCACCUACCGACCUCAUAUCCUGUGUCUGCAGGAAGUUGACCACUACUAUGACACCUUCCAGCCCAUCCUGGCAGGCCUGGGUUACAGCAGCAACUUUUGCCCUAAGCCCUGGUCACCGUGUCUGGGUGUGGAGGGCAACAAUGGGCCCGACGGCUGUGCGCUCUUCUACGAUCAGUCGCGGUUUGAAUUCCUGGACAGCAUGAACAUGCGGCUUUCUGCCAUGAGGAUUCCAACAAAUCAGGUUGCCGUGGUGACCAUGCUACGUUGUCGGAGCACAGGGAGAUGUCUUUGUGUGGCCGUGACUCACCUGAAGGCUCGCUCUGGCUGGGAGUGGCUCCGCAGCGCGCAGGGUUCCGACCUCUUACGAAACCUCCAGAACCUGGUCCAGAAACACCCCACCGGGCUAACGGGUGACCCCGGUGCUACAUACAUUCCUCUGCUCAUAUGUGGCGAUUUCAACGCAAUCCCAACCGAGGAGGUGUACCGACGUUUUGCUGGGUCACCUCUCGGUUUGGAGUCGGCCUAUAAGAAACUCAGCCAGGACGGACUGACUGAGCCGGAGUACACGACGUGGAAGAUCAGGCCUACGGGGGAAUGCUGCAGCACUCUGGAUUACAUCUGGUACAGUCAGGACUCUCUGAGGGUGGACGCAGUGUUGGACAUGCCCACUGAGGAACAGAUUGGGCCAAACAGGCUCCCGUCCUUUAGCUAUCCCUCUGACCAUCUCUCUCUGGUGUGUGACUUGAGCUUCAAAGAGAACGAGUGAGGAGGAAAUGAUGAACUAGGAAGUCGGGAGGGAAGGAGUGGUGUAUAGAGAGUUCAGACUGGAUCAUGGUGAAGGUGUGCAGCAGAGGAUGAAGACAGGACUCAGAGGUCUGCCAAGUAAACUUCACAAUGACUGACAAGUGUUGUUGCUGUAUGUGUGAUGUUUAUAUUUUACAACUGCUGCUUUUUACAGAAUAUUAUUAUUAAGAUUUACUAACUCCCCUUUCCCUGGCUGGAAUUAAAGAAUCUAUUCACU